AUGUCUGUGGUCAUCAUCGUUUUUGAUCAUCGCCGCCGCCUCAUCGGACUUCCCAACUCGUAUGAGUCGCUCAUCCAGAAGGCGCGUACGGAGUUCAAUCUAGGAGAUGCCGACUUGCUUGUGCACAUGACUGGCGAGACCAUCACGAUAGACACCAAAGCCUCAGCUUCGGUUGCGGAGCUCAAAAAUCUACUCUAUGAAAGUGAGGGCGUGCCUCCCGGAGGCCAACGACUCAUCUUUCAGGGAAAGCAAAUGACGGUUGUUCGGACUUUGGCCUCCUACUCAGUCAAGAACAACGACUUGAUUCAUUUCGUUCUGGCAUAUCGGGGGGCCAAGCCUGCCAUUUACCUCAUGUCUCCGGCAAAGCUCUCCGCCGUCACCGUAGACGUCACCCUCACAAAGCACUGGGAAUUCUCUAUUCUCUAUCCAAUCGUCGAGCCCACCAUCCUUUCUGGCAAAUCCAGCGCCAAGUGGCAAGUCUCUGUAAGCCCGGAUGGCACGCUCGAGACUUUGGAAGCUUCAGGGCCGAACUUGGAGUGCAGCUACCUCCUUUGGGAAGCCAAGGCCGUCGCAGGCGAUAGCAUCGCUCCGGAACUUUUAUUCAACUUUCCUUUCAACCCUCAGCGCCCUCUCCUUUGCUUUAAGGGACCAACCGCGCUCAUCUUGUCUUUCGACGACUUUCUGCCUUACCUCGAGAAGGUCCUGCAGACCCUGACAUUGACACCAGCCAUGCGCACCGAGUUAAUUGUGUACUGGUUGCCCAAGUUCAUGAAAAUCCGCGACAGGGGUCAAGAUAUUGCGUUCGACUUCGUGCCCCAAUCAGACUUCCAGAAGGUUGCUCAUUUGGAGAUCGAGCCCCGACCUGACACGGUUGCUCGCGUCUUUCUCAUCUUCCGUGGAGCAUUCAAACAAACUCACGGACAGAAAACUCUGGCGGAACUAGAGGCCAUUGAUUGGUCUGCUAGAAUCGGUAUUGAUGUGGCAGGAAUGAAAGAUACAAGCACUUUUCGGGCUCUGGAAUGGGGUGGAAUGGAAGUCAUCACGGUUUAG